AUGGGAGACGUCGCCGUGGAGAGUUCGGCGACCAACGUCACGCCUAACAAAUCGGUGCCGUUUGAUACCAUCCCUAAUAUAGACUCCCUCGAAGGCACAGAUGCAGAUGGAGGUGAUGAGUACGCAACUCUGAAGAGACUUCAAAGACACUUAGAAUACAUCCAGCUUCAAGAAGAGUACAUUAAGGAUGAACAAAGGAGUUUGAAGCGAGAGCUCGUCCGCGCACAGGAGGAGAUCAAACGGAUACAGAGCGUCCCUCUCGUUAUCGGACAAUUUAUGGAAGCUAUCGAUCAGAACACCGGUAUCGUGCAGUCGUCAACUGGCUCGAAUUAUGUCGUUCGUAUCCUUUCCACACUCGAUCGCGAGAAACUCAAGCCAUCCUCCUCUGUCGCCCUGCACCGUCAUUCCAAUGCCCUUGUCGAUAUUCUCCCUCCGGAGGCAGACUCGUCCAUCGCCAUGCUCGGCGAGAACGAAAAGCCAGAUGUCACUUACGCCGACGUCGGUGGAUUGGAUAUGCAGAAGCAGGAGAUUAGGGAGGCUGUCGAGCUACCAUUGACGCAUUUCGAUCUUUACAAACAGAUUGGUAUUGAUCCCCCUCGUGGUGUUCUACUUUACGGCCCUCCCGGUACUGGUAAGACGAUGUUGGUCAAAGCUGUGGCAAACAGCACAACUGCCAGCUUCAUUCGUGUGAAUGGUUCGGAGUUUGUCCAGAAAUACUUGGGAGAAGGUCCUCGCAUGGUUCGUGACGUGUUCAGAAUGGCUCGUGAGAACUCACCCGCCAUUAUCUUCAUUGACGAAAUCGAUGCAAUUGCUACCAAACGAUUCGAUGCCCAGACUGGUGCCGAUCGUGAAGUCCAGCGUAUCCUGCUUGAGCUCCUCAAUCAGAUGGACGGCUUCGAGCAGACUAGCAAUGUGAAGGUCAUCAUGGCCACCAACCGAGCGGAUACUCUGGAUCCGGCCCUCUUGCGUCCAGGUCGUCUGGAUCGUAAGAUUGAGUUUCCGUCGCUGCGUGACCGACGGGAGCGUCGACUGAUUUUCACCACUAUCGCAUCGAAGAUGUCUUUGUCCCCAGAGGUCGAUCUGGAUUCACUUAUCGUACGAAACGAGCCACUCUCCGGUGCUGUUAUUGCCGCUAUCAUGCAGGAAGCUGGACUACGUGCUGUUCGCAAGAAUCGCUACAAUAUCAUCCAGUCUGACCUCGAGGAUGCCUAUGCUGCUCAGGUCAAGACCGGCCAGGAAGCGGACAGGCUCGAAUUCUACCGGUAG